AUAGUGUUUAUCAAUAAAAUAAUAACAUCUGAGUUACUUUAAUAUAAACACAAGUGUAACUUAAGUUUUAUAAUAUUUUAAAACAAAUUUCAAAAUUAAACAUCAAAUCAUGGGACAAAAUAAAAGAAAUAUUGAUAUUGAGUACGAAGAAUUAAAAUCUAAAUACUCAAUAUUACAAAAUGAGUGGCGAUGUCAGCAAGAAGUCAUCGGUCGACUACAGAUGAAGACCACGAAACUUCAGUCACAGCUAAAAAUUCAAGCUGCAUUUUUGACAAAAGUAGGAGCUACCUUGGGUCAUUAUUUGUGGAAAAUUACUCAAGUCCCGGAUAUCGUCAACAUAAUUCUACGAGAAGACAAACUAACUAAACUUUCCGAGAUUAUGGUAAACGUACUCACAUCGUUCAUUGAUACUUAUCAAUCAAAAAUACCCACUACGGAUACCGAAGAAACAAUGUUUAUAUUAAGCAUUAUUGGAUUGGUGGCCAAUUUGAGCACAGAAGACAGGGGUCGGCAGUUUUUUUCACAAAAUAAUAUUGGAAAAAAUGUGAUUAAGCUCAUAAUGACUAUAGUGACUCACACUUCAUCUUCAUCAGGGAAUCAGUGGAAAAAAAUAUCGUAUGUCGCAUUGUACAACGUAAGCAUUUUUUCGAAUGGAUCUUCAGGAUUUAUGAUAGAUGCUGGAUUGGUCAAAGCUCUAAAUGAUGACAUUGAAGAUAGAAACAAUACGAUGACUGGACCCGAUCAAAGAUGUUUCGCACUAAAACUACUGCAUUCGCUUCUUCGAAAUGUUUGCACAAAAACAACAUACAAUAUAAUGAAAAAUAAUGUUCGAUUAUCUUCGUUAGUGAAACUGACAUCCGCUGUUGAUACAGAAAUUAAAACAAUAGCACAAAUUAUAUUGGAAGAUUUCCGUAAAGCCAAUGAAAAAUUCGAAACCAAAAUUAUCAUGUCAUAAUAAAAUUUUAAUAAAGUUUUAUUCACGUUCGUCUCACCAGCCCACCCCAUAUCGAAAUUGAUUAUUCUCUAAUAUGUAACCUUUAGUAUGUCAUUUGUAUGUAUUUGUAUGACCAUUCCCGCCAUUUUUAUACCAAUUGAAUUCGAGUUAUAUCAAAAACAGAAGGGGCGGGGUGGCGAGAAGCCGCCUGCGAACUCGGCCUCUCAGUGACGCACGCCCAGAGUUCGUCGUCGUCACUGAGGGGCUGAGAUCGCAGGCGGCGGAUUUCUAUAACGAAGGAAUUUUGAAGCUUGUCCACCGCUAUGAUAAGUGCCUUAAUUUGUUUGGUAACUAUGUAAAAAAGUAGCAUUUUAAUCAAUCUUUCAGAUGUAUAUAAUAAAAAAUUUUUCCUGUACCUAGUUUUUGUUUUAGUACAAAAUGUUCUUCACUUUCUGAAUAACCCUCGUACAUACAAAUGACAUACUAAAGGUUACAUACCACAGAAUAAUCAAUUUCGAUAUUGGUUGGGCUAGUGAGACGUACGUGUUUUAAUCUCAACAAAAACCUACGUUAAAAAAAUGCCAUGUUCCAGACCACCUCCCAAAAAAGUCGACUUUAAAUAUUUAAAUAUUUCCCAGAAACAUACAUUUUGUGUUAUACGAUCAACGUUCCAAUGUAAUGUGCACACAAUAGAUUCUUUCUGUUUUAAUAAAACAUACAUUGAAGAUUCAUAUCAGCGACAUAUA